AUGACCACCCUACCGCACUGCGCCUGCCGACCACCCACCACCACCUACCGCGCACCCAUGGAAGCCACCUACCGCUGCCAGCCGACCACCAUCACCACCACCUACCGCUGCCAGCCCAUGACCACCUACCGCACUGCCUGCCGCGAGCCACCACCACCACCCUACCGCACUGCCAACCAUGACCUUCCGCGCCACCUACCACUUGACCACCCUACCGCACUGCCUACUUGCGCCGACCACCACCUACCUGCCAGCCAUGACCACCCCCCACCUACCGCGCACCAGCAUGACCGCCUACCGCGCACUACCAGCCAUGUGACCACCACCAUAACCGCUGCCAGCCAUGACCACCUACCGCACUGCCAGCCAUGA